CGCGGCUGCCCGCGGCGGGGCGGCGGGGAGGGGUGACGCCGCGGGCGGGGCUGUCCGCGGCGCGGGCGAGCUUUGCGGAGCUGGGCGGUGCCGAGGAGGAGGAGAAGUGGGAGGAAGGAGGCGGAGGAGGCGGUGUCGGCCGGGGUCUGACGCGGCGCGGCUCUCGGGGCUCCGCCGGUUUUAUUUAUUUAUUUGCAGCGGGCGCCGUCGGGCGUGUGCGCGCGCUCUCGCUGCUCGGCGGGGAGGGGGUGGGGGGAGGGCCCGCGCCCUGGGGGAGUUGGAGCCGGGGUCGGAGCGCCGCGUGACUCGGAGGUGAGAACGCGGAGCCGCCGCCGCCGCCGCCGCCGCCGCCGCCGAGGAGCCCUUGUUCCCGCUGUGGGGAGGAGAGUCUGGUGCCGACAAGAUGGCGGACGGGGAGCUGAACGUGGACAGCCUCAUCACCCGCCUGCUGGAGGUACGAGGAUGUCGUCCUGGAAAGAUUGUGCAGAUGACUGAAGCAGAAGUCCGAGGGUUGUGUAUCAAGUCUCGUGAAAUCUUUCUCAGCCAGCCUAUUCUUUUGGAAUUGGAAGCACCACUGAAGAUUUGUGGCGAUAUUCAUGGACAGUAUACAGAUUUACUGAGACUAUUCGAAUAUGGUGGUUUUCCACCAGAAGCCAACUAUCUUUUCUUAGGAGAUUAUGUGGAUAGAGGAAAACAGUCUUUGGAAACCAUCUGUCUGCUAUUGGCUUACAAAAUCAAAUACCCGGAGAACUUCUUCCUUCUAAGAGGGAACCAUGAGUGUGCUAGCAUCAAUCGCAUUUAUGGAUUCUAUGAUGAGUGCAAACGAAGAUUUAAUAUUAAAUUGUGGAAGACGUUCACUGAUUGUUUUAACUGUCUGCCUAUAGCUGCCAUUGUGGAUGAGAAAAUCUUCUGUUGUCAUGGAGGGCUGUCACCAGACCUACAGUCUAUGGAACAGAUUCGGAGAAUUAUGAGACCCACUGAUGUCCCCGAUACAGGUUUGCUUUGUGAUUUACUGUGGUCUGACCCAGAUAAGGAUGUACAAGGCUGGGGAGAAAACGAUCGUGGUGUUUCUUUUACUUUUGGAGCUGAUGUAGUCAGUAAAUUUCUGAAUCGUCAUGAUUUAGACUUGAUUUGUCGAGCUCAUCAGGUGGUGGAAGAUGGAUAUGAAUUUUUCGCUAAACGACAAUUGGUAACCUUAUUUUCUGCCCCAAAUUACUGUGGUGAGUUUGACAAUGCUGGCGGCAUGAUGAGUGUGGAUGAGACACUGAUGUGCUCCUUCCAGAUAUUGAAACCAUCUGAAAAGAAAGCUAAGUACCAGUAUGGUGGACUGAAUUCUGGACGUCCUGUCACUCCACCUCGAACAGCUAAUCCACCGAAGAAAAGGUGAAGAAAGGAAUUAUGUAAAGAAACCAUCAGAUUUGUUAAGGACAUACUUCAUAAUAUAUAAGUGUGCACUGUAAAACCAUCUAGCCAUUCGACACCCUUUAUGAUGUCACACCUUUAACUUAAGGAGACGGGUAAAGGAUCUUAAAUUUUUUUCUAAUAGAAAGAUGUGCUACACUGUAUUGUAAUAAGUAUACUGUUAUAAUAUUCAACAAAGUUAAAUCCAAAUUCAAAAGUAUCCAUUAAAGUUAUAUCUUCUCGUAUCACAAUUUUUAAAGUUGAAAAGCAUCCCAGUUAAACUAGCUGUGGUAGUUAUCCAGAUGAAAGCAUGAUGAUCCAUCUGUGUAAUGUGGUUUUAGUGUUGCUUGGUUGUUUAAUUAUUUUGGGCUUGUUUUGUUUUGUUUGUUUUUGCUAGAAUAAUGGCAACUACUUUUCCUGUUUUUCCCUAAACAUUUUAAAAAAUGAAAUAUGGGAAGAGCUUUAAAGACAUUCACCAACUAUUAUUUUCCUUCACUUACCUACUUAAGUAACUGUUUGAUCUUACUAAGAAAACUUAUGCCUCAUUAUAGUAAAAAGGAAUUUUAGAGGUUGAUAGGUUUUAAAAAUACACAAACUAUCUGACCCAAUGAUUUUAAUCAAACAGUUUGACUGGGCAAACUUUGCAGCUGAUAAUGAAUAUUUUGCUUUUUACAAAAUUGCCACUGAUUUGGAUUUGUGCACUCUAAUUUUUAAUUUAUUGAUGCUCUAUUGUGCAGUAGCAUUUCAUUUAAGAUAAGGCUCAUAUAGUAUUACCCAAAACUAGUUGGUAAUGUGAUUAUGUGGUACCUUGGCUUUAGGUUUUAAUUCGCACGAAACACCUUUUGGCAUGCUUAACUUUCUGGUAUUACCCUCACCUGCAUUGGUUUUGUUUUUUGGGGUUUUUGUUGUUGUUUUUUGUUUUGUUUUGUUUUUAGAUCCACAGGACAUGAGAAUCCUUUUUUUGACAAGCCUUGGAAAGCUGGCGCUCCUCUUUCCCUCUCUAUGUGAAGGAUGUAUUUAAAUGAAUGCUGGUCAGUGGGACAUUUGUCGGCUCUGAGUAUCGGGUGCUUCACUGUCUAAAAAUUGCCAUGUGAAUGUUGUUUUUGACUGUAAGGCUAUGUCACUAAAGAUUUUUACUCUGCGUUUUCAUAAUCAAAGGUCAUGAUAUGUAUAGACAUGCUUUGUAGUGAAGUAUAGUAGCAAUAAUUUCUGUACAUGAUCAAGAGUUUAUUGCAGCCAUUUCUUUUCCUGUUCUCUUUUUUUAAGGGUUAGCAUUAACAAAUGUCAAGGAGUAGCAAAGUCAACAGAGAUUUUAGAAGGAGGACUUAACAACAGACACAGAUUUGUGAUUCUUUGGCUGUGACACUAUUGGAUGUGAUUCUAAAGUCUUUUAUUGAGUAUUGUCAAAUUUGUAAGCUUCAUGGGGAUGGACAUAAUAUUUAUAUAAUGCCCUUAUGUGUAACCAUAGGUGUGAAACCUUAUAUUGUCUUUGAAAAUGUUAAAUUGAGAACUCUUAACAUUUUAUGGAUUGGCGCAUUGUAUUACUGCAAGAAACAUUUGAUUUUCAGCACAGUGCAAAAGUUCUUUAAAAUGCAUAUGUCUUUUUUUUUUUUUCUAAUUCCAUUUGUUUAAAGCACAUUUUAAAUGUAGUUUUCUCAUUUAGUAAAAGUUGUCUAAUUGAUACAAA